UUCUCAUGGCAACCAUAAACCCUGCUGCUAAUAAUUCUGUAUUUGAUGAAACACUUGGUUCUCUCACAAACCUCUCUCUGAAAGAAAGCAACACCUUCAACUUAGGUUGUCACCCCGCUAGCAUUGAUGUCUAGUAUAAUUACUCUUCAACCCAAUCCAAUCUAUAUUUUUGGAUCCGCCCUAUUCACAUGAAUUAUAAACAACACAAUAAAAAAUUUCAAAUGAAUGUGGUGUUAUGGAGCAAACACUCAGCAAGGGGAAGCAAAACAUGGAACCAAAAGGUAUAUGAUGGUACAUAUUAUGGAUCAGGAAGCAGCUAAAACUAGGGAAGGUUCUGUGGAGUUGCAGAGGAUUCUGAAAGAGGGAAAGCUUACUCUCUGCCAGCAAGUAUUUGAGGUCAUUCUUGGAAGUAUUUUUCAGGUCAUGACAAAUGAAUACGCACACCAUAUCUUCAGAAAGCUUCUCGAAGUUUGCCACUCAAUCCAACUUAAUAUGAUUUUCUCUAAAUUGGCUUCCCAUGAACGCUUGUUCAUAGAUGUAGCUCUUCAUAAACACGGUUCAACUGCAGUUCAGGCCUUGAUCAAGAGAUUGAAAAGAUCCGGUUUUGGCCAUAUCAUUACUAACAUUCUUUCCAAGAGAUUUUUUGAACUGAUGACUAGUGCACAAGGCCAAUAUGUGUUGUAUGACGCUCUACUAAAUGAGGUUAUAGAGCUAGCCACAUCUCAAUACGGAUGCAUAUCCCUUAACACUUGCCUCAAUUGCGUGGGCGGGAUAAAUAGAUCCAUACUUCUCCAUCGAAUUGCAGAACAUUCAGACAUCAUCUCUCACGAUCCUUGGGGGCACUAUGUGAUUCAGCAUGUUCUUACCCUUCAUGAUGAUAAUAUCUCACGCGCCAUAUGCAUUCGUCUCGAGAGGCAUUAUUUACACUUGGCUGGAACCAUGGGCGGCAGCCAUGUCGUGGAGAAUUGCCUAAAAUCAUCAGAGUUUGGGAUGAGAUCUGUUGUUGGGACUCUCUUGGAAAGGGAAUCAAAACUUGUUUACCUUGCAUCCCAUCAGUUUGGAAAUUAUGUUGUCCAGAAAGCCUUGAAGGUUACAAAGAAACAUAAUAACACUCUUUACGAGUCUCUUGUCAUGGUUCUCAAGACCCGAAACUCAGCUCUUUAGCGUAAUAUCAUUGGACGACAUGUAAUCAAUCUGAUCUACCAGUUGGAAGCCAGCAAUUUAGGAAGAUUAUCACAUGAUUGAGAAAGGAAUAUAAAUAUGUAUUUUGUAUCUCUGUAUGCCCAUGAAGGAGGGCUGUUGUUUACUUUUUGCAACAAA